AUGUCUGACUCUGCUACUACUGGUGGUUUACUGGCCGACCGUAUUACCAACCCUACCCCCGAGGCUCCUGCAGCUGCUCCUGUCGAUGCCCCGAACGCCGAGAACGAAGAGGAUGGUGCAGGAGACGCAUGCGGAGGUUCUUCGCUCCAGGAGCCUGACUACUCCGUCGAAGUCAAGCUGAGCGACCUGCAGCAGGACCCGGAUAACCCCCUCUUCUCAGUGAAGUCUUUCCAGCAGCUUGGCUUGGAUCCACUUAUCUUGAAGGGUCUGUCCGUCAUGAACUUCCGCAAGCCCUCCAAGGUCCAGGAACGUGCCUUGCCUCUCUUGAUGAGCAACCCUCCGAAGAACCUUGUUGGUCAGUCCCAGUCUGGUACCGGAAAGACUGCGGCCUUCACCCUGAACAUUUUGAACCGACUGGACCUCUCUACCGAAGAAGCGCAGCUCACUCCCCAGGCUCUGAUUUUGGCUCCGACCCGUGAGCUGGCGCGUCAGAUCGUUGGUGUGAUCCAGAUGAUGGGCCAGUUCCUCGAGGGUCUGGUCAUCGGUACUGCUGUGCCUACCGACGCCGCCAACCGUCCUACCCGCAUGCAAUGCUCUGUCGUUGUUGGUACUCCCGGUACUGUCCAAGAUAUGAUCAAGAAGCGUAUCAUGAACCCCACUCAGCUCCGGGUUCUUGUGCUGGAUGAGGCCGACAACAUGCUUGACCAGCAAGGAAUGGGUGACCAGUGUAUCCGUGUCAAGGCUAUGCUCCCGCGCACCAUCCAAGUCGUUCUCUUCUCUGCCACUUUCCCCGCGCACGUCCACCAAUAUGCAGGCAAAUUCGCUCCUGGUGCCAACGAGAUCACGCUGAAGCAUGACGAGUUGACCGUUGAGGGCAUCAAGCAGCUUUACAUGGACUGUGAUGAUGACGAGCAGAAGUACAACAACCUGGUUCAUCUCUACGGCUUGCUGACCGUCGGCUCCUCUAUUAUUUUCGUCAAGACUCGUAGUUCCGCUGCGGAGAUCGAACGUCGCAUGCUUGCCGAGGGUCACACCGUUGCCUCGCUUACCGGUGGCAUCGAGGGAACCCAGCGAGAUGCGGUUAUUGACUCUUUCCGUUCCGGAGAGGCUAAGGUCCUUAUCACCACCAACGUUCUUGCUCGUGGUAUUGAUGUCUCAACCGUUUCCCUGGUUGUUAACUACGAUAUCCCCCAGGCCUUCGAAAACAACAGCCGCACGAAUGAGCCCGACUACCAGACUUACUUGCACCGUAUUGGCCGAACUGGUCGCUUUGGCCGUAUUGGCGUUGCUAUCACCUUCGUUGCGAACCGCCAGGAGUGGGAGAUGCUUCGUAUGAUCCAGACCCACUUCUUGUGCCAGAUCGACCGCAUCGACACUGGUGACUGGGACGGCGUCGAGGAGAUGAUCAAGAAGACGAUCAAGAACUCGCGUGCUCAGGCCAAGUUUGCCCAGUAA